AUGUACUCGGAACCUCCUCCUCGAAAACAUUCAUGUCAAUUCACCAUGGCCACCCACUUCUCUAAGCUUCCGAUCGUGGACCUUGGAGGUUUACAACAAACAGAACUCUCAGCUGAUACUAUCGACAAUUUGAGCAGGCAGUUAUACAAUGUAUUCUCCACGACGGGGUUCGCGUAUCUGGUGAAUACGCCAUUGAGUUUCACCCAUGAGGAUAUAUUCGGCCUCACACGAGAAUUGUUCACUCUGCCGACGAACGAAAAGAUGCGACUCGCCAAAAAGUCUUUUCUCCCGGGACACCGGAACACGUACCGAGGAUAUUUCCCGGUGCAACCUCAUCUCGCAUCGGACAAUCUCAAAGAAGGGUUUGAGAUUGGGAAUCCUGCAGCUAGCUAUAGUGCUAUGGCAGAAGGGCAAAAGAUCAAUCUAUCCGAGCCCAAUGUGUGGCCUAGUACAAGCAACUUCAAUGGACAAGAGAAGCUUGAGCAGCUUUAUGGUGAACUCCAAGCUUUCGCCUCGCAGUUGUUGUCACUUCUAGCCGUGUCACUUGGGAAGGAUACUGGGUACUUUGCGCCAUGGCUGGACGAUUCGCUGUCGACAUUGCGUCUGCUCCAUUACCCACCAUCUGCGCGAAACGAACAGGAACACAAUCCAGACAAUAUAAAAUUGAGCUGUACUCCCCACACCGACAGCGGCAUUCUCACUCUGCUCACUCAAGAUUCCACCGGGGGGUUAGAGGUUCUCAACGCAGCUGGCGAUUGGGUUUCGGCGCCUUAUGUGCCCAACUCCAUUGUGGUCAACAUCGGCGACUUGAUGGCAAGGGUGUCAGGUGGACGAUUUACCGCCACGAUGCAUCGAGUACGGAGACCUAGUCCUAAGUCGGCGCCAGAAGAAGAAGAAGAGGGCGAGGUGGGACGUUUCAGCGUUCCUUUCUUCUUCGAGCCAGGCGAGGCAUGCGUUGUGGUGCCUGUGGACGGGGAUGCAGAGAGUGUUUUGUACGGCGAGCACGUGCGCAAGAAGAUGGCUACUUUUGUAGAGUUUCAAGAGGAUAGUGGAUACGAUACAGGCACGACGGAGUAA